UGGGGAGUUCACUUAUGAUGAGAGGCCAUGUCUCUGUACCGCAACAUCAUCUGGUUUUUGAAAGGAAUCCACGAAUAUACAAGGAGUGGAUAUGAGGCUGCAUCUCAAAACUUUAAUGCCCAGGACCUCAGCGUGUCUGUGGUGGGACGGUCCUUCUUGAUCACAGGAGCCAACAGUGGCAUUGGCAAAGCAACUGCCAUGGCCAUAGCAAAGAAAGGUGGCACAGUCCACAUGGUGUGUAGGAAUAAAGAUAAAGCUGAGGAGGCCAGGGCAGACAUUGUCAGGGAAUCUGGGAACACAGAGAUACACGUUCACAUUCUUGAUAUGUCAGAGACACGCAAGGUAUGGGAAUUUGCGGAGGCCUUCAAGAGGGAGCAUUUCUCCUUGAAUGUGCUGAUAAACAAUGCAGGAUGUAUGGUGAAUACGAGAGAGGAGAAUUCUGAGGGACUGGAGAAGAACUUUGCCACUAACACUCUGGGAACGUACAUCCUCACCCAGAAUCUUAUACCACUUCUGCAAAAGAGCCGGGAUCCAAGGGUGAUCACUGUAUCGUCAGGCGGCAUGCUGGUGCAGAAACUGCAAGUUGACAACCUCCAGUCAGAGAGGGGCCACUUCGACAGCACCAUGGUUUAUGCCCAGAACAAGAGACAGCAGGUGGUGCUGACAGAGCAGUGGGCCAAAGCCUUCCCUGUCAUUCACUUCUCUGUGAUGCACCCAGGCUGGGCUGAUACACCAGCUGUUUCUACAGCAAUGCCUCAGUUCCACCAGAUGAUGGGGGACCGGCUGCGUAGUGCAGAGCAAGGGGCGGACACUGUGGUGUGGCUGGCUCUGUCCAAGGCUGCUGCCAGACAGCCCAGUGGCCUGUUCUUUCAAGAUCGUAAGCCUGUCCCGGCCCACCUGCCUCUGGCCUGGACCCACAGUUCUACUGAAGAGAUUCAACGUUUCAUGGCCUGUCUGGAGACCCUGGCCAAAGCUGCCCAGUCUCGACCCGAUACACAGCCUAAUGGCUCCCUGGUCUCUCCCAGAGCCUGAGUGCAGCCUGAACACCCUUACAUCACAUCCACAUAUUUAAGUAUUAAUCAUGAUGAUCAGGGUGUUUACUGGAAAGGGCAAAAGACACUUUGAGAUCUUAACAAAUGUUACAAAAUCUUUUAAGAUUAUUGUACCUCAAACUAACUCUGUACCUCUAACAUAACACUGUCAUCAGACAUGAUCUGCAGGCGGUGAUGCCUUAUAAUUACACCCUUGUUUACUGCAUUUUUUUGCACUGAAAAUGUCAAAUUUUUGACUCAGCGACUGAAUGAUACCUUUGGAUU